GUAGUGACGGUUCAGAAACUCUGUGGUGACGCGUUGUUUUAUGUUUCACAUGGAAAAUGGCCGCUUGCAGCCCAAAUCGCGCUCCGGAUAGGGUAGCGGUAGGACAACUUACCGAAGCCGAACGGGAGAAUGAUCCCUGGGCAGCACUCGGGCCAGUCGUGAAGAGGGAUCCGGUGAUAAAGCUACUGAGUCCGGUCAGCGGCCUGGAGCCGCUCACGUGGUCUGAGGACCACCGAAUCUCGGCCUCUAGCACAAGUGGUAUUUCUUUGAUGGAGGUUGUGUGCGAUGUUCACGGCAAUAAGCAAGACUUGGUGUUGCACCGGACCUCCAUUCCCGUGCCGGACCAAGUCUGUGAACUGAAGGUAGGUCCAGCAGAAGAGCUGUUGAGGGCCAAAGACAAGUUCUCCAGCUCCAGUGACCCUGCGACGAGCCAGUCCUUCAUGCUGGACAGAGUGCUCAACCCCACCGUGGGCGUCCACAAGGGCAUCCUGUACACCAGCUGGUCCCCCCUGGGCUGUGACGCCAAUGGCCGGUGCCUCCUAGCCUCCCUCACCCUGGACCACCGGCUGACCAUCCACAGCAGCACCAAGCGUCUACAGUGGACUAUGGUGGCUGACCUGACCCAGCUGUAUGGAGAGAGCCUGGAGAGCAGAGGCUACUCCGUGCCGGGUGGGCAGCCCCUCAAGGCUAACCUCCUGGACCUGGCUGAGCUUCAGAGGCGCUACCGCAUGCAGACCCCUGUACGGAUGGAGUGGUCCAGUGUGUGCACCACGCAGCACGUCCAGACCAACAACGAGUGUAAAGACGUGGGAACGGUGCUGCUGGCCGUGCUGAUGGAGAACGGAGACCUGGUGGUGUGGCAGUUUUGCCUGCCCAUUCUGGGGAAGGACUCUGUGUUGUCCUGUAACACCAUCCAGUCUGGGGUGUUGUCCCCCAGCGUGCUGGCUUGGUGGGAGUACGAGCACAGCGGGCGCAAGAUGAGCGGCCUGAUCGUGGGCAGCAAGUUAGGGCCCGUCAAGAUCCUACCCGUCAACUUGAAGGCGGUGAAGGGCUACUUCACCCUGCGCCAGCCAGUGGUCCUCUGGCAGGAGUCAGACCAGAUCCCUGUACACAACAUCAAGUGUAUCUCCCUGUUCCACCCCAAACAGAACUGUAACUGUAGCCUGGUGGUGGCGGCCAGGGGCUCCUACCUCUUCUGGUGCCUGCUGCUCAUCUCUAAGGCGGGCCUCAACGUGCACAACUCACACGUCACGGGCCUGCACUCCACCCCCAUCGUCUCCAUGACAGCCAGCCGCCAGGGCAGCUCCAUCUACACCUGUUCCAUGGACGGGACGGUCAAGAAGCUCACACCCAUCUUUACUGAUAUGGCCGUGGCCUUUAAGCAGGAGGAGAUCGUGCUGCCGGAGGGUUUGGCAGGUCGGAGGAUACACGGCAUCGCGGUCAGCCCCCACGGGGCGUACCUGGCCCUGGUCAGUACUGAGGGGAUGACCAAUGGUCAGCACCCGGUCUCUAGGCCCUACCAGGUCCAGUUUGUGACCCUGAAGACACCCAAUGACGCGGCGGCAGAGUUGCUGGAGUCCCCGGUCCAGAGCCUGUUCAAACAGACUGACCUGCUGGACCUGGUGCGCUGGAGGGUGCUGAGGGACAAACGCAUCCCGGCCCUGCUGCAGGAGGAGUUGGACGACAAGGUACACAACACAGGCUCCCCCUACUUGUGGAGGUUAAAACUCUUCCUGGUGCGCGUGCUCUACCAGUCCCUGCAGAAGGCCCCUGUGGAGGCACGUUGGCGCCCCACACACGAGGAUUCCAAGGUGUUUGUGAAGGAUGAGGAGGGGGGCGUCGUGGGAGAGGGUGGAGGAGGGGAAGAGGAGGUGGUGUCGAAGCUGCAGGACCCAGAGGCCCGGGCGUUGGAGGAGCAGACGGGGGAGGUGAUAGCUUGGAUCGAGGCGGUGGAGGCCCACCUGACCAGGGAGCACAUGAAGAGGGUUCUGGGGGAGGUGUACCUUCACACCUGGAUCACUGAGAACACCAGUAUCCCCACGCGGGGUGUCUGUGACUUCCUCACCAGCGACCCCACGUAUGAGGACAGGGCUGCACAGGUCCUGAUAGGUCACAUCCAGAAGAAGAUGAACAAGCAGACAUUCCCUGAGUACUGUAGUCUGUGUAAGGAGGUGCUGCCUUUCACAGACCGCAAGCAGGCUGUCUGCUCCAACGGACACAUGUGGCUCAGGUGUGUGUUGUCCUACCAGGCGUGCCAGACACUCGCGUACAGACGCUGCCUGCUGCAGGAUAGCAUCGCCAGACUGCCAGUGCCUGAGGACCCAGACUGGAUCAAGAGGAUACUGCAGGGUCCUUGUACAUUCUGCGACUCCCCCCUCCUCUAGGACUAUAGGACAGGCUUGUGGAGAGCCGGGGUUACAUUGCCUGCAACACUUGUGCGCCUGCUUGGACUAGAUGGACAAUUUUCUUUAUUUUUACUUGUUACUUAUUGCCAAGCAUUAUUUAUAGGUUUAAAUGAAUUAUACCACAACCUUUUAAUUAAAAAUAAAUAAAUAAAGGUUUUGAAUAUACAUUUGAAACCCCACUGAUAUGAAUAUGGUUUAUUAAGAGAGAAAGUUGAGUGUGUGGAGAUGGAUCUAACCUUUUCUCUGAGUUCACAGACCCAUAAGUUAACCUCCUUAUUUUCCUCAUUUUUUUUACUACAUUUCCAAACACGUGUGUGUUAUUCUGUUA